AUGACACCACCAACCCCCCUCCUCCUCUACCUGGGCCUCUCCGCCCUCCCCCUAUCCACAGCAUGGACAUUCACCUGGCGCGACAGCACCGGCAGCGCGUCCACAGAAUCCGGCACCGGACCCAGCGCCUGCAUCCCCGUAAACCACGCAAAGGGCCAGCUCUUCGUCGCGGACGGCGAAGGCGAAGCGGGCAUCAACAUGCUCCUCUUCAGUAACGACCAGUGCUCCGGAGAGCCAGCGGGGAUGGCGACCGAGUCGUUCGCGAAGGAGUCCAGUGUCGAUCUCAAGGGGUUCCAGGUCGUUGAGUAUGAGGCGCCUGGUUCGAGUACAGCGACGACGACGACGGGGAGCGAUGAUCUUGAUGGGACUGUGACGCUGCCGACUGUGCCUGCGACGACUGGGAAUGGGAAUGGGACGGUCACUGCGACGAGCACGGAUGACGAUGGGGACCAGACGGUUACGCUUCCGACUGUUCCGGCGACGACGACGGAUGGGACGAGUGAGGCUGAGCCGACUUCUACGGCUGGUGGUGAUGGAACUGAGACGGAUAGUGCGACUACGACGACGGGUAGUGACGAGACGUCUUCUACUGAGCCGGCGCCCACGGACUCGGACUCGGCCGGUGGUGAGGAAGAGCCGACUCCUACGGGCGCAUCGUCGAGACUUGUUUUCUCUCCGGCCGGUCUCGCUGGGAUCGUCUUGGGCGCUGUUGCGUUCGUUCUGUAA